AAUGGCAGCGGAUACGAAGCGUCUGUGAAUGAGCUCGAAUAAGUUAGCUAAACGUUCAUUGAACUAUCAUGAGUGCAACUUUUAAAUAAUCUUGUGUUCUGCUAGCCAAUCGAGCAGUCUUUGCUAUGGCACCUAUCAGAAUUAAACACGUUGUCUCAUUCACGUCGCAGGACCCCAAGAACUGCGUGGAGAAUCUCUGUGAGCACACAGGAGCUAGCAAGCCGUGGCUGUGUGGUAAACAAGCCUGCAGCGGAGUGCUCAAAGCAGAGCUGCAGCUGGAGAGAGCUUCUACUGUUGGCUUCAUCGAUGUUGGAAACUGUGGCUCUGCGUUCAUACAGGUGGAUGUAGGACGCUCCUCAUGGCCAUUAGACCAUCCUUAUGUCACACUGUUACCCACUGCAACCCUGAUGAGUCCAGCUGAUUCGCGACAGGGCAAAGGCCGACAGGGUGUGCGCAUGUUCAAAAAAGCUGAUUUCUUGCCUCAAGCUGCUGAGGAGAGCUGGGACAGGCUGCGGGUCACCUGCACUCAGCCAUUCAACAAACGCUCUCAGUUUGGCCUGUUUUUUCUGCGCCUUCGCACUGCAGAGGAACACACUGAGGAGGUUUCAUCUCAUCAGGAGGACACUGAAAACCAGGGCACACCAGAUAAGAUACAGUCUGUGAGAGAGUGGCUUACCAGCCCUGCUGUACAGCACACCUUCUUUGGGCGUAAGACAGGAGAAAACUCUCCAGCAGAAGACCAAAGGAAACAUGGGAGUUUGAGCAGGGCAGAGCGAAUGGUAACAGCUGCCCAGUCCACCAAGCGGUCUCUAUACAUUGAACCCCACAGCAGCAAUCCCAUCCAGGGAGAAGCUAAGAGCGAGAACACACAACUUAGUAAAGCUAGUACUCCUCAAGAGCGUAGAAGAAAGUCAAAAAUGAGGCAGGAGCAGGCAAGCAUGAUGUCUUCUACAAAGAGAUCCAGAUCCAAGUGUGAGAAUUUGUCAUCUAAACAUCAACAAAUAAGUACACCAACCAGAACUGUCAAAAAGAAGGAAAUGAGCACUUUCAAACACAGCCCUGUCAAAACUCCUAUACCAGCUAGGUCACCUAUACAGAACAUUCCUGACCACCUAGAGCCUUCUGAGUCUGUAUGCCCAAUAUGUGGAGUGUCUUUUAGCCCACUUUAUUUGCCUUUUCAUGCUUCCUCGUGUCUGGAUUCUAGUUCAGUUGGGCUCUCAAGCGACACAGAGACAGACAUCAUGCCCUCUUCACCCUCUCCCCCACCUUUUAGUACCAGCAGAGAUGACCUCAUGGUGCCGUGUCCUUUGUGCUCCUUCAGGUUCCCUAUAGACUGCAUCGAGCAGCAUGCCAGCGCCUGUGGUGAUACUGUAUGGCCAGAGCAAUGGAGGGAGAUUGUGAACAAGAAGCUGCGUUUCCCCCCAGAGCUCAUCAGUGCCAUCCAGGAGGGGAACAUGGUCAUGAUUAGUGGGCUCCUGAAGACAGGGGAUGGGAUCAUCCGUCAGCUGGAGGAGUCUGAGGACAGACAAUGGAGAGAAGCUCUGAACCUGUCCAUCAGGCUGGGCAACGAGGACACAAUGGGCGCUCUGCUUCAGGGGGUGAAGUUUGAUUUUCGGCAAAUCCAUGAAGCUCUGUUGGUGGCAGUGGAUACCAACCAGCCUCGCAUCGUGAAGCGCCUCCUGGACCGACUGGAUCAAGAAAAAGGAAACAAGAUGGACGUGCGCUCUUUCUCCCAGGCCAUUUUUGACCAUUCUAUUGACGACUCUCAGUUCGCCCCUGGAGUGACCCCGUUGACGCUGGCCUGCCAGAAGGAUCUGUACGAUAUUGUCAACAUGCUUACACAGAAAGGCCACGUCAUCCCUUGGCCACACAAGGUCUCCUGCGCUUGCCUGGAGUGCCGCAAUGGCCGCCAGUAUGACUUGCUCAAGUUCUCCCUGUCACGCAUUAACACCUACCGUGGCCUCGCCAGCAGGGCCUACCUGUCUAUUACCGCUGAGGAUGCCAUGCUCAGCGCCUUCCAUCUGAGCCGUGACCUUCGUAAACUCUCCAAGAAGGAGCCUGAAUUUAAGCCUCAGUAUCUUGCCCUUGAGGAGUUGUGUCAGGAGUUCGCUGUGGAAUUGCUGGGAAUGUGCCGGAAUCAGAGUGAGGUCACCACCAUUUUGAACAGCUCUGGGGUUGACGAUGAGGACAGUGAGGACGAGUUUCAUGAUCAAGCAUUUGAGAAAGGCAUACCAAACCUGGCCCGUCUGCGACUUGCUGUCAACUACAACCAGAAACAGUUUGUAGCCCACCCAAUCUGCCAGCAAGUGCUCUCCUCCAUCUGGUGUGGAAACUUGCCAGGCUGGAGGGGCAGCAGGACAGCCUGGAAACUCCUAGUGUCUAUGGGGAUCUUUCUCACCAUGCCCUUCCUCUGCCUCAUCUACUGGAUUGCACCAAAGUCAAAGGUGGGGAAGAUUUUGAAGAUUCCAGUGAUCAAAUUCCUCCUUCACUCUGCCUCCUAUUUGUGGUUCCUCAUCACAUUGUUAGGGGAAUCUCUCACCAUGGAGAUGUAUCGGGAUUCAUUUGCAUCCAGGCAGCCGAACAUCUUGCACAACUCUUUCCAUAUGGUGUGGGUCGCUGGGUUCUUCUGGUUUGAAUGUAAGGAGGUGUGGAUCGAGGGGCUGCGGAGCUACUUCCUGGAUUUGUGGAACUGUCUGGAUAUGAUGGUGCUCAGCAUGUAUUUGGCCGCCUUCACCCUGCGAGUGGUCAUCAUGCUCAAAGGCCACUUCCUUUGUCUGUCACCUGGAACUGAAGAGGAAUGUGUCUACUUCACUCAGACUUUGCGUGAUGACUGGCGCCAGGAGGAUCCUCAGCUGAUAGCCGAAGUGCUUUUUGCCGUGACCAGCAUGCUCAGUUUCACACGUCUAGCCUACAUCUUGCCUGCACAAGAGUCUCUGGGAACCCUGCAGAUCUCUAUGGGGAAGAUGAUUGAUGACAUGAUAAGGUUCUUGUUUAUUCUGAUGAUCAUCGGUACAGCCUUUCUGUGUGGAAUCAACAAUAUCUACGUUCCUUAUGUCAUCUCUCCUCAGCUUGGAAGGUUUAAUGAGACUUUCCAGUUCCUGUUCUGGACAAUGUUUGGUGUCGUCAACAAGGAGUAUGUGGAUAUGCCUGAUUUUGUUGUGGCGGAGUUCGUGGGUAGAAUCCUUUAUGGUAUCUUCACGCUUCUCAUUGUCAUUGUGCUGUUGAACAUGCUCAUUGCCAUGAUCACAAACUCUUUCCAGAAGAUUGAGGAUGAUGCUGAUGUGGAGUGGAAGUUUGCCCGUUCUAAGCUGUAUCUUAGCUACUUCAGAGAGGGCCUCACUAUGCCUGUCCCCUUCAACAUCAUUCCCUCACCAAAGGCUUUCUUCUACCUCAUACGAGGAAUUUUCCGAAGAAUCUGCUGCUGUUGCAAAUUUAAUUCAACCCCAGACUAUCCACCUAUUUCAAAUGUGUCUAUGAAGGAUGAUGGAGGCGUAGAUGAGAAAAUGUCUUACAGACAGCAAGUCAUUCGUGCUCUGGUGCAGCGCUACAUUGAGUCUGCAAGGAGGGAGUUUGAGGAAACAAAACGCAAAGAUGUUGGAAAUCGGGUGACGGAGCUUAGCAAAGUAGUUGGACGGUUGCAUGCUGAGAUGAAGCAAAUUCACCAGACCCUGUUAGACAUAGAAGAGGCCAAAAUGGAUCCUUCAGAGAGAAGUUCCUCCUCCGUGCUGGGGAAGUACAUAAGGGGGGCCAAAAACAACUUUCGGGACUUUGGCAGCAGCGGACCAUCAGAAAGUAAAAGCACACCUCUACUGGUGAAUGUACACCAAGAAGACCCUGGUCUGGAACCUGAGAGUAUGGAGCAGAAAGACGCAGGAGGGGACAACGUCACAGAAGUCAGUGAGGAGGAGGCCAGUGGUGAUCAGACAGUGGUAGAUAUGAAGAACAGUUUAUCUGGUGAGGAAGAGACUGGAAGUGGAGAUGGAGAGGGUGAGAUAGAGGAUGAGACAAAGAAGAUGGAGGAGGGGAGAGCUAAUGAAGGGACAUCUGAGGAGUUUGACAUGUCUGAAGUAAAUGUGGUAAUUGAGAGAAGAACUGGGAUUGUAAGUUUUAUGGCUAAGCAAAUAGAGGAAAGAAACAACGGACAAGAGAUUUCAGGUUUCAAAGGGAACAAGGCAGCUUCUCCCACUGACAGCAGCGACUCACAUGACACUGGCUUUGGAUCUCAAGAACUAGAACUCUCAGAUAACAGCCCUUAA